AUGACCAAUCUGUUCCGCUUGCUCGUGCUCAUGCUCAUCGCUUUCGCUCGCAGUGGAGCUCUUUCGGCUAAGUCAGAUGAACAGCUGACCACGCUGACAAUGCCGGACGAAGACCAAGCCACUCAGUCCGUAUACGACGGCAAACGGAUGCUUCGAGUGACGGGCUAUAGCCGUCUGCACCUAGACCUCAAACGAGCAGUGAAGACGAUUCAACAUGAGUUCGCAAUGAUUGGUAGCUCUGUAAAGUACAGGGUGCAGGGGAUUCGUGAACGCAUAAAACAAGCCAAAACUGCGAGCGCAAAAGUCGACGAGAUGCCCAGCAACACGCCCGGCAAAACCUCUGACGGAAAACUGGACGCACAACAGCCCGACGCACAGCCUAACGCGAAGCCCAGCAUAAGGUUAGGCAAAACAUUUGACGGAGAACCGGACGCACAACAGCCCGACGCACAGCCUAACGCAAAGCCCAACAAAUGGCCCGGACUGUGGCACAGCAAAACUUCUGGCGUAAAACCGGACGCGCAACGCCCCGACGCACAGCCUAGUGCAAAGCCCAGCAAAAGGUUUGGCAAAACUUCUGACGGAAAACCGGACGCGAAGCCUAACGCAAAGCCCAACAAAUGGCCCGGACUGUGGCACAGCAAAACUUCUGGCUUAAAACCGGACGCGCAACACCCCGACGCACAGCCUAGUGCAAAGCCCAGUAAAAGGUUUGGCAAAACUUCUGACGGUAAACCGGACGCGAAGUCUAACGCACAGCCCAACGAAAAGCCCAGUCAAAGGCUUAGCAAAUCUUCUGGCCAAAAGUUGGAUGCGAAGCCUAACGCACAGCCCGACGAAAAGUCCGGACAAAGGCCCAGCAAAACUUCUGGCAGAAAAUCGGACGCAAAAUUCUUCUUCGCUGAGCCCGACGCAAAACCCAGUAAAGUGAUAAGUGAGACCGCUACGGCAAACGGUGGUGGGCAAAAGACAGCGCUUAUAUCGAGGAUCAAGGAAAGGAUCACCGCAAUGAAGAAGACGAUUGUUGAUAUUAUAAAACGAGCAUUUGGGACACUUACUUUUUCGAUAUAA